UUGAGGUUGAGCGUGAUUGCCACUAACAGGUCACGCUAUGUCGAUCACAGAUGUUGCGGGGACAGAUCGUCAUGUUGAUGAGGUCAUACCAUCCACGCAUGAUGACAGUGCGAAGGUCGUUGAAGAUCAGCCACAGGAGGAGGGAUCCGAUGAAAAUCAGCAAAGUCAGAGUUGGAUAGCUACAAGGAAGCCUGCUUUAUUAAGUCAAGGCACUGCAACGGAAACAAUUCGUCCACUUGAAGCCCCGGAGGAUUAUGCCCUUCACUAUCUCACACGAUCUGUUGUAAAGAUGAUGGAUAAUAUUGGUUUCUCAACUUGUCACGAAUCCGUUCUGAGCAUCCUAACUGACCUUUGCAAACGGUACAUGCAGAAACUUUGGAUUGAUUCAAAAGUAUUCGCUGAACACGCUGGGAGACGAUAUCCCAUCUUUGAGGAUGCUAAUAUGGUUUUUGGAAAACUUAUGUUCAGUGCAGCAGAAUUACACGCAUUCAUGAAGCAGGUCCAUUAUGAUCCUCUAGAAAACAGUGUACCAUUUUUCCCAAUUAGGAAAUCUUCGCCAAAUUUGCUCAAUAUAUAUGGGCCAGUCUCAGAUAAAGAAUUGGCAGUACGACCAGAACAUAUACCUCGUUAUUUUCCUGCUAUGCAUCCAGAAUGGUGCUCCGAUCAUGUGGGAGUUCGAGCAGUCGAAGUUUCAGCAGUGAAAGGUGCUACACAAGGGUCAGUGAAAAAUUGCAGAUCUACACCCCGAGGAAGGGUAACAAAACCGAAGAUCUCCUUUCCUGAUUUUAGUGGAUCGACAGCUAAAGAAUUGGGAUUUGUGCGGCCUCAAAAAUUGCCAUCCAAAAAAGUGGUUGAAGAACCAAGUGGUAUUUCAAGUAGUGCCAAUAUCGCAGCUUUACAGACGACGGGUACAGCAACAAGCAAUGGUAUUAGAACAAAGCCUAAAAAGUGGUCGUUGCAUGAAUCUGCCAGUAGUUCAAAGAAUUGCGACGAACAUCACGUGAAAGCAGAAAGUCCUAAAGAGAAGGAUUCACCAGAUAAGCCUUUUGUACAGAGGUCGAUUGGUAUGUUUGGCAUGCCACCAUCAGCCUUAGUACAUCCCGAGAGUAUUGCGACCGAGAAGAUGAAAAAGAAAAAGAAAAAAGACAGAGAUCGAGAUAAAGACUGGACUAAGGAAAAGAAAGAGGAAAAUCCAAGUACAAGUAAUUCAGUUCCGGUAGCGAUUAAAUUCCUUGCAAAUGAAAAGACAAGUACGACUGCGAGUUGUUCAACUGACGCUAAAAGUGAUGCUCAAGCGAAAAAAUCAGAGAACCAACAACAAAACGUUUUUCCAGCAUUGCACAAACAACCAAGUUCCUCAGAACACCAUCAAAUAGAGCAAUAUGGAGUUGAUUUGAAGAAUAUUGCGAAUGAGAAACCUCUUAUAGACGUUCAUUUUUCGCACAUUGUUUCCGAAAGUAGUGGAGAAGACGUAGGAGUUUGUGGAAAGGAGGACGAUACUGAUGAACUUGAACAUGAACAACCAGUGAACUUAAAGAUGAAUGAUGGUCAAAGUGCUAGUAGUGGUGGUUUACAAGUGACUGAAGUAUUGACACCGCAGCAUUUCGCAGAUAGGACUGGUGAUGUAGAGGAAGAUGAUAUUAGUGAUGGCAGUAAAGCUGUAGAGAAAGUAAAGGAGGGAAUUAAAGAUGAAGCUCAGAAAAAUGGUAAAAGAAAUGCGAGUAAAAACACAUUAGACGAAAUUACUAAAGGAAAGUCGGAGAGGCGUAAAGUUGGCGAAAAAGCCAAUGAAUGGAAAAAAAUUGUGAAAAAGACAACAGCAAAGAGCUCUUUAUCAGGGACUGUAGAUGGCAUCACGAAAUGUUCAAUAACUGAUAAUACUCCUGCAUCUCAAGAUCUAAAGACGCUCAAGGUGGUUUUAUCAAGGUCAACUGGACAGAAAAUAUUUACUGCAUUGUCACCUUCCAGUGGCACCGAACGGGCCGUCAAAGAGGUGGAGCAGAAACGUGAUCCAGAGAGUGUGCAGGGUGACGCAAGUACAAUUACGUUUACAGUCGAUGAGUCACAAGUUGCGGAAAGUAUUUGUGAGAAAAAGAAAAAGCAUAGAAAGGAAAAAGAUCGAGAUAAACACCACAGCAAGGAGCACAAACGAAAGGAUAAAAAGAAGUGCAAAGAACACAAGAAAAGCAAGACGAAAGACAAGGAGAAGAAAUAUAUCAAACUAAGACCUGAAAAGCUUUGCUUAAAGCGACCUAGCGAGCAUAUCCUGCCAGAUGAAAUGCCUGCUCCGAAAAUACCUAAACUAAAAAUCCGAUUUGGAUCUAACUCAAGUGGUGUUAAUGCUUCGCCAUCAGGCAUCGUCUCUGCAACUUCGCCCGAUAUCCUAACUUCUGCUUUGCCGUCUACCCAACUGUCAGGGAGAGAUAUUCCUUCAUUAGUCGAUCAAAACAUCCAGGUUAUACAACCCGCAAUCAAGUUAGAAGAUACAGAAACUACCAGUCCUUAUACAUCUUUUAAAUCUGAUGGAAAUAUUAGACCUAGAAAACGACAGCCAGUGACCAAAGCAGAGUUGAAGGCGCUGCCGAAAUUGCCGUUGAAAACAAGGACUUUUGGAACUAAAGAGGGAAGUGGAUUCACAGGUGGACAAGGACCAGCAGAAGUAACCACCAAUCCAAUUACUUCUAGAGCAGAUGCUGGGUUUGAACAAAGAAGUUAUCUGCAACAACCAACGGGUAAGCGUUUGCGCGUGGACGAUGGCAAGAAAGAGUUUUUAGGGAGCUACUUCGAUACCUAUGGCGCUGCCGCUUUCAAUUCAGCUGAAAAAAUGUUCAGAGCUAUGGAGAAAGAAAGAAACAGUGAAAGUUGUAUCCAAGAUAUGACGCCAAAAAGGAUGGGGACAGGUAGCAUCUGCCGAUGGUUUCACUACAUUUUUUGA